AUGACCGAGAAGCUUCUGAACUCUGUGGUGUUCGCGGAAACGGCGCAUAAGAUGUGGGAAGAUAUCAGACGGAUAUUCGUCCCGUGCGUCGAUCUGAAGAUCUACCAGCUUCGUCAGAUAAUCGCGACGACGAGGCAAGAUGGUGACUCUGUGGAUGUGUAUCACCGGACACUGAGCCAAGCUUGGAUGGAGUUGUCGGAGUAUGAUCCCGUGGCCAAGUGUGAUUGCGGCGGUUGCAAGUGCGAGACCGCGAAACGAGCCUGGGAGGCUAGAGAAAAGGAGAGGCGUUACGCGUUUCUGAUGGGUUUGAACAAUGGCCUAAGCUACCUGAGAACGCAAAUCAUGCUCAUGGAUCCUCCUCCGUCUUCUUUCGGGGCGUACGCUAUGGUUCGACGGGCAGAAUCCAGGAUGAAAUCGAGCACGCGCUGA